ACAAGUAUCAAAUGCCGCGGAACUGCGGGGAGCGCUACCACGGCUAUUCCAUCAUUUAUUCAUGAUUAUCAGAGUAUAUAAAAUACUUCUCUUCUAUUAUCCUGAGUAUCUUUUUGGAAAGUCGCGUUUUAUGUUAUUGGUUGAAGUCAGUCUCUCCCGUGACAUCCGCAACUACUUACAAAUUAUCCACAGUUGACUCCCCUCACUCUUAUCAAUCUUCGACUUCAAUUAUACCUUAACAUUUAUAUGCCUCUACUGUCCACUAUUGGUUUCUCACCUUUACUUAUAACUCUACCUGUGUACUCGGAUAUACGAGUAGCCAUCUCAUUAUGCUUGGGCCACCAGUCAACCUUCCAAAGUGGCUUGAACAAAACUCUCAUCUCCUGCAGCCCCCUAUCAACAACUACUGUGUUUACAAUGAAGACUUUAGUGUCAUGAUCGUUGGUGGUCCAAAUGCCCGCACUGACUACCAUAUCAAUCAGACUCCCGAAUGGUUCUACCAAUACAAAGGUGCAAUGAUGCUCAAAGUCGUCGACGAGGGUGAAUUCCGUGACAUCAUCAUCCGUGAAGGUGAUAUGUUCCUCCUACCGGGAAACACACCACACAACCCCGUCCGCUUCGCGAACACAGUUGGAGUCGUCCUAGAGCAACGUCGUCCUAAGGAUUCACUCGAUCGCAUGCGCUGGUACUGCGCUGACUGUGGUGAGAUUGUUCACGAGGCUGCGUUCCAUUGCACCGACCUUGGCACUCAAAUUAAAGCGGCGGUUCAGGACUUUAAGAGCAGUGAGGACAAGAGGACUUGCUCCAAGUGUGGUACUUUGGCUGAUGCAGCACCGAAGCCGGGCACUAUCCAGGAUCCCAAUCUGGGGUGAUCCAUCAAAAUGUAGCAAAAGGUUGUAUUAAAAGGUCAAAGGGGUGGCGUUUGGGUAUGAAAUGUGGUGAUGUAGUAGUAGUUGCGGGAAAAUGCCUCUCAUAGCUUGGUAUUCUACAGACUCAUAUCGAAAGUUUUUAC